UGACAGAAUUUAGUGAUUUCAGACGGUUGUUAUAGUGUUUAUAAGUGAAUUAAUGCAGUAAUUUACCUGAUUGGUCGAACCUUAUUUUCACUAAGUGUUUCGGAUUAUUUCUGUAGCCAAGAGGUUAGUUUUGCUGGACAAGUGCACUGUAUUGAGAAACUGAGAAUAGUUUUUACAAGUUCAGUACUGUAUUUCAGUUGUUGUUAUUGUCAUCUUGAGACUCACUAUCUGACUUUGUGAUUAGUUAACAUUGUGUUUCGGACUGUGUUCUUUGCGACUCAACGAUCAGCUGCUUGUUGAAUACCGGUAUCUUUUGUUUACUCGUGCGGUCGCCUAGCAACUAACCUUUGCUUGUAACCAAUCAACGAUUGAGACAAUUCAAAGUCUGCAGGCGGAUUUGUUUGAAUCUCUGUGCUUUCCAAUUGCUGUUUUUUAUGAAGGUUAUUCUUGUUUCACUGAACAAUAUACAUGAUAACAAUAUCAUUGUUUAUCAGCAAUAUCAACAAAUCAAUUCUUUUAUAACAAUUUACAUAUAAACAUUUCAAGCUACGAUUUUCAUUUUCUGUUUUUCUAUGAAUAAAUAUGAUAAAAACAACUACGAGCAAGGGCAACCCAGCGAUUCUCGUUGACUCUUUUAAAUAUCGAAAAGCGGGGCCGGUGUCCACCGGAGAUAUUGUUUGGAGAUGCUUAGCGAGAAAUUGCUGUGCUAGUGUUAGGACGGAUGCUGAAAUUGUCAUGCUUAAAAGUAGAACGGGAACGCAUAAUCACGAGAAAAUAGACAUGAAUACACCGCCUGCCUCAUCCAGAAAUUUUAGCGUAUCAAAUACUCAUGAUUCGUCUAUAACAAGUAAAUCUCCUGAAAAUUCUUUGAACAGUCUACCGGAAAAUUUGAUGCCAUUCGUAGAUAUAUCAUCUAAAUUAGAUAGCGAGCUUUCUGAGUCUUUACAUGAGGAGGUUUCUGCUUCAAACGACGGUGUAAGAGUGAUAAAGUCAGCGGCUUUUGAACUGUCAGUGAAAGAUUCUUCUUCUGAGUGCUGUCCUCAUUUACUGCAGGAAAUUCAUGAACUUAAAGAGACUCUUAAAAAGCGUCUAAUAGAGUGGGAAGCAGCGGUAGAUCGUGCUGCUGACAUGGAGACUAGGUUGAAUGAGUUUUCAGUUAAAUGUAGAUGCAGAAAAUCGCGAGUCGACGUAUCAUGCAAUACAGUGAAUAAUUAUGUAGCUGAGAUAGAUUUACCUAAAAGUGUUUCUGUCAAUGAAAAUGUUUCAACCCUAAAAGAAAAAAUUAAAAAUCACAAGUUAGAAAUUGAAGGUUUGAGUGAUCAAAUAAAGAAAAUGAUGACUACGAUAGAAACUCUGGAAGCUGAUAAUCUCUGUCUACGGAACACAAUAACGGAAAAUGCUUCUGCGGCAUCAAGACUAACUUGGUCCAACCCUAAUGUCAAAUCGACUUCAAAUAUGACAUAUGCUUCAGUAACUAAACAAAAUAAAGUAAUUAAAGGUAAUACUGUAAGUUAUUCACGUUAUAGUGUUUAUUUGUGGGCUGAUAGUCAGGGUAGAAAAAUGAGAGAUUUAAUAUGGGAGAGACUGCCGGUUGGCUACUCAUGUGAGGCUUACGUUGCGCCAGGAGCAACUUUUGAAAUAAUUUCGAAUGAAAUGCUUUCUUGUAGUAGACGUCAUAAUCUGGGUCUGAAUGAUUGGGUGUUUGUUAUAGCGGGUACAAAUAGUGUGUCGAACAAUUUCAAAAAAAGCGAUAUUGAAGCUUACAUUAGAAAGUUGAGUUAUUUAGCAAAUGAAUAUGGAAAUUGUAAUUUGAUAUUGUCAACUGUUCCUUACAGGUAUGAUUUAAGUUUCAAUUCAACUGAGAAUGAAAUGAUUGAUGCGCUAAAUAGUGAAAUACGUUCCUUGUGUCAUAGGAAUAGCAUUCAUCUAAUUGAUAUAUGGUAUCUUGAACCUUCCAACUACACAAAGCAUGGUUUGCAUCUGAACAAAAAAGAACAAACCGAGCACGGGGUGGGUCAGCGAUUUUUGUUCAUGAUCAACUGGAAUUCAGGGCUCUUGAUCAUAUUAGAGACAUGUCAAUCGAAAUGGUAUGCGAAGUUUCAGCAAUUGAACUUGUCAGGGAUAAAAUAAUAAUUUUGUCAGUUUAUAGACCCUACAAUAGAAGUAUAAGUUUUUUUAAUGAAUUCUUAACGUGUUUUUAUAAUGUAUUAAGUGCUGUUUUUAAAAAUGGUUACAGUUUGAUCAUAUGUGGAGAUUUCAAUGUAAAUAUUUUAGGUCAUGAUUGCUUUAAAAAUGAUUUAUUGAAUUUGUUUGAGAGUUUUGGUUUGACUGUUACUAUUAAUGAUAUUACUAGACCUGGUCUUGAUGGAGUUUCAAAUGGAUCAUGUAUUGAUAAUAUUUUGACAGAUAUUCAUAAUAGUCUAUGGUCAACUGAAAUCAUUCACUCUCUCUUUUCUGAUCAUGAAGGAAUUCUGUUUAGACUCAACUUCAUAAAUAAGGAUGUAAAAAGUACUGUAAAUAACACUAAGUUUAGAUUAAUUAAUAAUGUUAAUGUAGGAAUUUUUCUAAGUUUUCUGAAAUCCAUAAAUUGGUUGGAGGUGUACUCCGUAACAAAUUAUAAUGAUAGGUACAAUAAAUUUUUUGAAAUAUUCAUGAGAGCUGUGAAUGGUUCAUUCCAAUGGAAAACUUGUAAACCCAAUAAUUUCAAGCAAAAAAAUGAAUGGUAUGAUAGUAGGCUAAGAGCGUUGAAGGCUAAAUGUGAUGGGCUGUAUCAUUUAUAUAAAACCUUAAAAACACCUGAGUUACUCUCCUGCUAUAAAGAAACAAAAAAGUCAUAUAGGAUUGAAAUAAAAAAGACAAGAAUUUCCUAUCACAAUAAAAUUAUAAGUAGCUCUGUUAAUAAAAGUAAGGCUUUAUGGAGAAUUGUAAAUAGUCUAACAAAUAAGAAAUGUAGUAAUAGAUCUUCAGUUGAUGAUGUAAGCUCGGAAGACUUUAAUAAUUUCUUUGUAGAUUAUAUUACGCAGCUAAGCAAUAAUAUUCCUGUCAGUAUUGAAAGUACAGCUUAUUAUUACAGUAAGUUGGAAAAACCAGGAGUAAUUUUUUCUUUCAAGCCAGUAACUGUUGAAAAAGUUUUUCAUACAAUUUUAAAUCUAAGCAACAGUAAGUGUAUGGAUAUUUAUGGUCUAAAUGCUUCAAUUUUGAAGAUAGCUGCUGAUAAAAUAAGUGAGGUUCUGGCUUUUUUAUUUAAUGAAUGCAUUAUUGCUGGUUGUAUCUAUCCUGAAAAGUUGAAAAAUGUAAAAGUUUUGCCCAUACAUAAGAAGGGUUCCAGAAAGGAGAAAAGUAAUUUCAGGCCAAUUGCAAUAGUACCUGUUUUCUCUAAAGUGUUUGAGACGUUGAUUCAUGAACAGAUGUCAUAUUUCUUUGAGACCAACAAUUUAUUUUCUCAUAAGCAAUUUGGUUUCAGGGCGGGUAGAAGCACAAAUGAUCCUAUUGUUAAUGUUGUAAGUGGGGUUAUUAGCAACAUGGAGGCAGGUGAUUCUGUAGGUCUAAGGUCAUACGAUUUUUCAAGAGCGUUUGACACUAUUCAACACGAUAUUUUGGUGGAUAAACUAAUUUUCUAUGGCUUUACACCAGGUGCAGUCAAACUUAUAUUAUCAUAUUUGAGUGACAGGAAUCAGUUUGUCUUUAAAGAUGGGGUUCUGUCAAAUGGCAGAUUAUUGGAGUUUGGCGUUCCUCAGGGCUCUAUAUUGGGCCCCAUUCUCUUCAAUAUUUAUAUAAAUGAUUUACCAAUUAAUAUUGAUAGGAACUGUCUGGACGGUUACCUAUUUGCUGAUGACUUAGGUUUGAAAAUAAAUUGUCCAUCCAAAGAUGAUCUUGAAAGAGAACGGAAUCACAGUUAUUGUAUUCUAAAGGACUGGUGUGCAGCUAAUAAUCUGUCUCUUAAUAAUGAUAAAACCUCGGAUAUAAUUUUUAAUUUUAGAAAGGAGAAGGACACGACGCCUAUCAAGUUUCUUGGUGUUAUGGUUGAUUCUUGUCUAUCAUGGGAGGCACACAUUGAUUUCUUGUCUAGUAAACUUGCUAAAGGCCUUUAUAUGCUUCGUAGACUAUCUGUAACGGUUGAUAGGCCUGUGCUGAUAAAUAUAUAUUACGCACACAUACAAAGUCUCCUAUCUUACGGAAUAAUGCUUUGGGCUAAUAGUGUAAGAGCUAAUUCAAUCUUUGUCCUUCAAAAAAAAGCUAUUAGGAUCAUUUGUAAUUUGCCUCUCAAUGCUCAUUGUAAACCGCAUUUUAUUGAACUAGGCUUACUGACAUUGCCAUCUCUGUAUGUCUUUAAUAUUCUUUGUUAUGUACAAAAAAAUUUGGUAAAAUAUGACUCAAAUAAUAAUCACCAUAACUUAAAUACACGAAAUAGACAUAGACUUAGAAUUCCUCAAUACAGCCAUACCAAAUCGCAGAGAAACUGGCAUUUCAUGUCAAUAAAGCUAUACAACUCCACACCUGACAAGUUUAAGUUACUCACAUAUGCACAAUUUAAAAAU